UAAGAUAUUUUCUAGUUCAUUCUUCACAAGAAAUUUCAUGGGUUUACACACUGAAUCUCCUGACCGUGUAACACAAGAAGAAGAAGAAGCUAAUAUAGGAGUUGAGAAUCAACCAAGAGCAAUUCUUGAUAGGUCACAACUUCUCAAGACGCGACACUGGUGGAUAUGUAUCUUUGUCUGUUCCGGUUUGGUCGUAGCAGGACGUGUUUUAUCAACACUUCUUCUUAACUUCUACUUCAUCCAAACAGGGAGAGAUGUUUGUGAUGACCCUAAACAGUUUAAAGGCACAUGGCUUCAGUCUUUUGUCCAAAACGCUGCGUUUCCAUUCACAGCUUUGCUUCUUCUCUUAUGGCGUUCUUUGUUCUCUACUCAUAGAGAAGAAACUCAAUCUUCUUCUUCUUCUUCUUCUUAUUCAUCUUUUGGCAAACUCUUUCUUCUUUACAUCUCUCUUGGUGUCCUCUUUGCUGCUUAUAGCCAACUCUAUGCAAUUGGGAGAACACAUUGUGUGUUCUUCUUUUGGAUCUUUACAACACAAUUAAUCUCCACUUCUAUAUUUACAGCAAUCAUCAACAAACAUAAAUUCAACCUUUGGAUCAUAUUAUCUAUUGUUCUUUGUGGGUUUGCCACGGGAAUUACAUCUUCUGAUGAUGCUUAUUAUCCUUGCGAAGGUGAAGGCUCAAGAAUGAGUGAAGGUGCUUGGUGUGCCUUCUUUGGCACGGUUGCUUUCUCUUUAUCUCUUUGUAUCAUGCAAUUAGGGUUUCAAAAGGUCAUACCUAACACAAACAGCAGAGUAUCCGCGGUGAUGCUGAUGCAAACCAACGCUUCUAUGGUUGCAACAUUGAUAUGUUUGGUUGGAUUAUUCAUAAGUGGUGAAUUCAAAGAUAUCAAGGAAGAUUUCGAGACGUUUAAAAAUGGGAAACCGCUUUACGUUUUGAGUCUUAUCGGAUUAUCACUUGUGUGGCAAGUAAUGUCUUUAGGGCUUGUGGGUCUUGUUUGUUUAGCGUCUUCACUCUUCUCUAAUGUCGUCAGCUUCUCUGCUUCCCCUUUAGCUAACAUAUUCGUUGUGUUGGCGUUUUCGUUUAUGGAUGAUGAUGUUGACUGGUUUAAGGGAGGAGCUUUGUUAGCAGGGAUCCUUGGGUUUGCAUCUUAUAUAUACUCCUUGUACAAGGCUACUAAGAAAACAGAAUUAGCAAACCAAAGUGAAACAGAGAGAGAGUGUGAUUGAUGAUAUGUGUAUAUUGUGAUGCUAUUGUAUUUGAUGUGAUUAAGUAACAGUGUUUAAAUAUUUCAUUCAGUUUUCAAAUUUUGGUUUGAACUAUAUAGAAUUUGUGUAAUGAAUUUGGUUGAAAUUUGCAUUCUUUUUAUACAAAAUUCUACCAAUAA